CGCAAGUUGGCUGGCAUGGCGCCUGUCGAUCACCCUCGCUUCCGUCUUGGUUCUCGAAGCCCUGGCAUCCCUGGAAGCCAACUCUAUUCCGCGCUCUUAUAAACGGUUCCCAUUUCUCCAGACAUAAUAAUAUUUGUCUUUCGUUCAAGACAGACUGACUGUCCUCCCCGUUUAUACACUAUCCAUCAUGGACCCAUCACCGAAAUCGCUCGAGGACGGGGUCGUCAAGCCCCCGCUUUACGAGGAUGAAAAGUCCCUCCGGGGCUCGGUGCAUUCGCUGCACCCGGAAGAAACUCAGCGUGGAUUGAGCAGUCGUGCUCUUCAGUUUCUGGCUCUGGGAGGAUGUAUCGGGACCGGUCUCUUUGUAGGCUCUGGGAGCACGCUCUCCACCGUUGGACCUGCGCCUCUUUUCAUGAGCUAUGUUGCCAUGUCGACGAUCGUCUGGGUCGUCAUGAACUGUCUCGGCGAGAUGACGACCUACCUGCCGGUCAGGGGGGUCUCGGUGCCCUAUUUUAUCCAUCGGUUUACGGAGCCUAGUCUGGGAUUUGCAGCUGGCUACAACUACUGGUACUCCUUUUCCAUGCUCCUGGCCUCGGAAGUCACGGCUGCCAGCAUGAUCAUCCAGUACUGGACCACCUCCAUCAACGUCGCUGUGUGGAUCACCAUUAUCCUCGUUGUCAUCCUCAUCCUCAAUAUCGUUGCUGUCUCCCUGUACGGUGAGGCCGAAUUCUGGUUUUCCUCAUUGAAGAUCAUCGCCAUUGUCGGCUUGAUCAUCCUGGGCAUCGUCCUGUUCUUCGGCGGCGGACCCAACCACGAUCGUCUCGGUUUCCGCUACUGGCAGCACCCGGGCGCGUUCAAGCCCUACCUGGUCCACAGUAAUGAAAGCACCGACCGGUUCCUCGCUUUCUGGACGGCGUUCAUCAAGGCCGGUUUCUCCUUCAUCUUCUCCCCGGAACUGAUCACCACUGCCGCUGGUGAAGUCGAAUCCCCCCGCCGCAACAUCCCCAAGGCCACCAACCGGUUCAUCUACCGUCUGUUUGUCUUCUACAUCCUGGGGACCUUGGUGAUCGGAGUGACGGUGGCGUACAAUGACAAGAGCCUCUUGCAGGGGAUUUCGAGCGGAUCGUCCGGCGCUGGCGCCAGUCCGUUUGUCAUCGGUAUCCAGAACGCGGGCAUCGGCGGGUUGAACCAUGUCAUCAAUGCUGCCAUCCUGAUAUCCGCCUGGUCUUCCGGCAACUCCUGGGUGUACGCCGGCUCGCGCACGCUGUAUUCCCUGGCGCGCGACGGGCAGGCACCCAAGAUCUUCGCGACGUGCAACCGAAAGGGUGUGCCGUAUUGGGCUGUUCUCAUUACCUGGGUCAUUGGGCUCCUGGCCUACCUCAACGUGUCCAGCUCGGGAGCGAAUGUCUUCUACUGGUUCACCAACAUCACCACCGUGGGCGGCUUUAUCUCGUGGAUUCUCGUGAUGAUUGCGUAUUUGCGAUUCCGAAGCGCCCUGCAGCUCCAGGGUCUAUGGGACACGGUGACCUUCAAGACCGCUCUCCAGCCCUACGCCACGUACUACGCCUUGCUGAUCGUGUCUCUCCUCGCCAUCACGAACGGCUACGCCGUCUUCUUCCCCGGCCAAUUCACCGCCUCUGGUUUCCUGGUCUCGUACAUUGUGUUUGCCAUCUUCUUCGUGCUGUACCUGGGCCAUAAGAUCUACUACCGGACGCCGUGGAUGACCGGCCUGCAUGACAUCGACGUUCUUUCGGGCAAGGAGGAGAUCGACCGGAUGUGCGAGAACGAGACCGAGCGCAUUCCCCGGAACUGGCUGCAGCGCUUCUGGUGGUGGCUGGUAUAGAAUCGGUGAUCUAUGGGCGUUUGGUUAGGGUCUUGCCAUUAUUCCGUGGGCCUGUUUGCAUGCAUGUAUAUAGCGCGUACAUCGAUGGAAUGGACAUAUUAUGGAUUACUACCGAGUGCACGUGACGAGAGGACGGGAUAUGGAGGAAUACCCCAUACUCUUGUGACAAUAUUAAUAGUAACCAUAGUAAUGACAUCGGUAGGAGGAGAUGCGAGUUCC